CGAAAAAUGUUCUCUCUAAUGUCAUCAUAUUCAGAAAUAGGCCAAAGCUGAAUAAAUAGGUUAGCUUUUUUUAGUAUUUGUCUGUCUGCCAAGUAGACAUAUAUCUAUUUGUCAAUGUUUGUGUAAAUUUUCGUUAUUCGGUGUUUCAAAUUACUAGUUUUCUUUUUCAAUAUGUGUAACGAAAUUUCUAAAUACUACAAAUCCCACAAAUGUAACUUAGAUUACAUGAAUGCUGAACAGGAAUAUAUCUCAAAAAAUAUUGCCUUAAUUAAGCACAUGAAAACUGAUGCCAUCGAAGAAAUAGAAAACAUCAAAUUUCAAAUAAUGAAGCAAAAUUUUAACAAGCUCGGCAUUACCAAAAAGGAAUUAAUAUUGGAAGACUUGGAUCAAGAUACAAGUUUGAUUCAAAAUCGCUGCGACUUCAUAUGCAACGAUCUGAAGCAAUUAAAAUCCAACAUCGACGACAGGCUGAUAUUGAUCAACAAAAACGAUUUUAUCAUGAACCUUCUGAACUACAAACUCUACGAAAUCGAAUUUAAUUUUUCGAAAAAAAUCAAACAACUAAGAGAUGUCAAGAAACAAUUAGAAAAUUCCGAUAUCAAUCCGAGCAACGAAUCCAAAAUAGCCAUGAAGUUUAUUGACAACGAGAAGAAAAUUACUGAUUGCGAAAUGAUGCACGAGGAACACCAUUUGAGCGUGAGACAACAGAUGCUGGAAGCCCAAAACGCAUACGAGAAAUCAGUAAACGUAUUAGACGAGUGCGUCGAAGUGAUGAAGAAAAAUUUCAGCACAUUAAUGUCUUUAAUAGCGGCUCAUAACCAUCAAACAGGCGGACAUUCUAAUUUAGAGAACGUGCUGGAAAUCGAACAGUUGAGAGAAGCCGUAGAAACUUGCAAUCAACUAUCGGCCAGCGGAUGGAGGGAAGCUCCGCAAAAUAUCGCAGAUUUUGCUGCCGCACAUCGCGUAAUGUUCACGGACAACGGCCUCAUGCUUACUGAAAACGGCAGAGAAAUAACUUACAAAGAAGCAUUGGAAAUGAAGUUACUCGAUAACGUUAGACUAGUGGAUUUGUUUAGAUCGGAUGCAGAUGUUCCGGGACAAGGAGAUAAAAUUUCUGUUCGAGCCUCAAAAGAAAGCAGCCAUCCUCUAGUAGAAAAAAUGAUAUCGGAAGACGUGUGCUAUCUUAAAGAAUGUCUGGGAGUACCCCUAACGCUUGCUCUGGCCGAAAUAACUGCUGUUCAACCCAGAGAUCCCGUACACUAUUUGGGACAUUGGCUUUUUAAAUACCGUUAUAACGAAGAGAUGACUGAGAAACAAAGUAUCGAAAUAAACGAACUGACUCAAGAGAGGAAUAGAAUAGCGCAGGAAAAAUGGAGAAAAUUCCUUGAAGAGGAAGCCAGGGCCGCUGUUAUUGAAAUGAUUGUUAAAGCCGAAGAAGAAGCAAUUCGUGAAGAACUCAGAAGGAUGGAAUUGGAACUAGCAGAAGCUGAAGAAGAAUAUGAUGAAGGAUUGGAACAACCCGCAAAUACCAUUAAUCUUAACCUUGAUUUUUAAUGGAACAUAAGGAAAAAAAUUCUCGUUUAAAGAAUAAGUAACAAGCUUUUUUGACAAAGUCAAAAGAGAUGUUAAUUUCUGUAGGAAAACGAGAUUUAAAAUGAAAAUCAUGUGUAAUAUUUUAGAGGUGUAAUACUGUGUACAUUUUUUUACAUGACGUCAAAUUUUUGUAAUUAAAUGGUCUUAAA